AUGGAUGCUGAAGAGAACCCGAGGUCUGAGGAAGAAUGUGACGAUGAGAAUGAUACGUCGGAGUAUACUGAUGAAGCAGCAAUAGCCAGAAUUAAAAAAAUAAAUACUCGUAUACAAAAACUUGACAUCUCAGCAGGAAAAAAUGAAAAAUAUCAUUAUAAGGCACAAAACCUUUUGCAAGAAUUGAUAAUGGUUCUCUCAGAGUAUGAUACAAAAUUUCUUACCGAUUAUCUGGAUGUCCUUAAAAAGAAUAAUAUGUCAACUAUUAGUAGGGUUACCGGUGAUAUAAUAUCAACUAUUGAGAUGAUAAUAAGUAAAGAGAAGGAGGAGGGUCGAACACUGCAGGAGCCAGUGAUGGUGGUGUUAGUGUCAUGGCUGUGUGCCUCUAUGCUGUGGGACGCACCUCGUGUUCCUUCUGCACGGCCAGCAUUGCAUGCUUUAUUGCCUCUUCUAACGGAAAACGAGGCGCAGCGCGUCGCCGACGCGUGGGAGCGGCUCACGCAGCUCGCCGCCGAUGCGCGGGGGCGGCUCGCGCUGCUGGAGCUGCGAGACGCGGUGGCGGGACCGCUAGGCGCGCGGCUACUGUGGGCGGCGGCGCGCACGGCCGCCGGCGACGACAUGUUGCGGCUGCGCGUUCUCGGGCGCGCGCUGCACGCGGGGGAAGCCGCCGUCGUCGCCGACGAGCUCGGGGACCUCGAGCUGGCCACGCUCACCGUGUCGCACACCGUGGCCGAAAUGCCGACGAUCGAUAUUCAAAAGAACAAUCUCAUACACAAAUUGAAGAUUUUUUUCGCC